GAGGGACCAGCAUCUCCUUAGGGGAUGCCGUGCCCCACCACUUACCUGCAUUCUAUCCAAAUGGCCAAUGGCAUGGCAUGUCUUUACUCCCAACACCUCUACCUCCAGGUGUUGGGUUGAGUACUUGUACACUACACUUCUAGGCUGGUAAUUUCCCUGGCAAUGCCAGGGAUACCCCUCCCCCCUGUCACCCCCCCAUGGGGGUCCCAGCAGCAUAGCAGGGUCCCCCAGGGUUGCCUGUUGGCGCGCCCAACCAUGCCUUAAGCUAGGGUACAUCACCCUCAAUGACAUUGCUCCUGCGGUGGCUGGGAUGUGAGUGAGCUGUCCUCCACGGUCAACUGCACCACCUUCCCUAGUUAGAGGUGCUGGCAAGGGCAUGCAGGAGGGGCGUUGUGGCUCUGUCACUGGCUGGGCUGGUUGGGUUGGUCAUCGUUUGUCGUGGUCGAGGUCAUUUGGUGAAGGAUGGCACUCAAUGUCUACAGAGUUUCCCACCUGGGCACCCUUCGGGCUGGUGCACUGUUAAGCGCACAACUCCUGGGUGUGGCAAGAUGGGACACUACACAUUAGUUGUGGCUAGUCAUGAAGAUUGGAGUCAAUCCUGUAGGAAGCACUAACGGAGAUGCUGACAGGAGGCUUCUUGAAAGCGGGGCUCGCUGGGCACACAGUCUCUAUGUACCAGAUACCUUAUGUCUGUCCUGGUCUUGUUGCUAGGUGUUAUUGGUCUCUAUGUCGCCUCCCAAGAGGGUUGUUAUUCCCAGCGCCUGGUCUACUGUGACCCUUAUAAAAAGGGGUCACGAGGAAAGAGCUGGGUCAGCAGUAGCAGUUUUUCAUGUAAACAUGGGUAUCUUGCCCGUGUCUAAUGCCUUCUUGUAGCUCAUGUGCAUGCUCAUGGGCAUGCCCUUGGUCAUCCUCUUUUAGGGAUUUUGGUGAAACUUGCUGUUGCCUUAGACAUAUCGAAAGCUUUUGAUAGAGUCUAGCACAAAGCUUUGAUUUCCAAACCACCCUCCUAUGGCUUCUGUCCUUCUCUCUGUAACUUCAUCUUGAAGUUUCCUUUCUAACUUCUGUUGCUGCUGUGGUAGAUGGUCACUGUUCUUCCCCUAAAUCUAUUUACAGUGGUGUUUCUCAAGGUUCUGUCCUGUCACCCACUCCCUUCCUAUUAUUUGUCAAUGAUCCUCUAAACUAAACUUCUUGUCCUAUCCAUUCCUACACUGAUGAUACCAUCCUCCACUUUUCACUCUUUUCGUAGACAUCCAACCUUUUAGGAAGUAAACAGUUCAUGCAGGAUAACCACAGAAUGCCUAACUUCUGAUCUCUAAAAUUUCUGAUUGAGGCAGAGCAAAUUUCAUAAACUUAAAUGCCUCAAAAAGUCAAUUCCUCCAUCUAUCAACUUAACACAACCUCCCAGAUAACUAUAACUUUUUUUCAAUGACACUCAACUGUUCCCCUCUUCUACACUGAAGAUCUUUAUUCUGUCCUUUACUUGUUAUCUAAACUGGAAACUUCUAUGAAGGUAGGUGUUAUGAGUUGUCUUUACCAGUUUUCUCACCCUUCCCAGCUGCUAACUCUGUACAGGGGCCUUAUCUGUCCAUGUAUGGAGUUUGCUUCACAUGUUUGGGAGAAGAUUGCACUCAUACUAUUAUUUUAGACACAAUGGAAUCAAAAGCUUUUUGUCUUAUCAACUCCUCUCCUCCGUCUUCAGCCUCUUUCUCAUUGCUGCAAUGUCGCAUCUCUUGCUAUCUUCUACUGCUAUUUUCAUAGUAACUACUCUUCUGAUCUUACUAACUGCAUGACUUCCCUCAUCUCACAGCCUCAUUGCACAAGACUCUUCUUUCUCUCACCCCUGUUCUCUCCACCUCUCUAAUGCAAGAGUUAACCAGUAUUCUCAGUAAUUCAUCUCUCUCUCUGCUAAACUCUGGAACUCCCUACCUGCUUCUGUAUUUCCUCCUUCCUAUGAAUUGAACUCUUUCAAGAGGGAGGUUUCAAGACACAUCCUUUAAUUUUUGAUGACUAUUGUUGACUGCUCAGGGACUGGCACCUCAGUGGGCCUUUUUUGUGUAACGCUCCUUUUUAUUAUUUCUGUGUUUCUUUGAGUCUCCCCAAUAAUUGUUUUCUUUUGUAGUUUGCAGUGAAGAGGAGGAUAAUAGCGGUAAUUAAAGGUUUAGUGAUUAUAUGAAAAAGUAUAUUUAUAAGGCGUGUAUUCGUGGGAGUGAUUUAAAAGUCUUGAAACAUUUGUUAUAAAUAGUCUUUACUUAUUUCAACUGUGGUUUUCUCUAAUCAGUGGUAAUACGAAUAAUAGGAUUACAUCAUGUUGCGUCAGCCUACCAGUAACUCAUAAGGUGUCAUUCCCUAGCUUAUAAAAUAUAUUAGUAAUUUAAAAUUCAAUUAUUAACUUCAACUAAUGUCCAGCCUAUAUGCUCACCUUGCUAGCCAAUUAUUCCUGCAUUUUUAUUUAAACUCACGGUUCAGUAAAAUUAUUUGUGAAAGAAGAGAGAGAGAGAACUAGCUAAGGUUCCAAUAACUUCAGAGGCCUGGGGGUGUUGAGGGGGAGAGCACAGAAUGGCGUCUCCCUUCCCUCUGGCAACAGAUAAAAUAGCCGGUGUUGGUCCCACGUGGAGACAGGCCACAGAGUCUUGGGAAAGUGUUAGCCAUGUAAUGUUUCUUUAGUCAAAUAUAGUCUACUGUGAAUGUGUUGUGGGCAAUAUUAUUGCCGUAGAGAAGUGAUGGAUGAAGGCUGUGACGCUAUUUAGGGAUAUAACGGUGCCCAGAAUCAAUGGUACUCUUGAGGAGUUAUAAAAGUAAUUAUUUUCUUGUGUAUUCGUAGUGUUAAGUAACGGAGUAUAAGUGUAUAUGCCAUACCAGAAUUUCAAGUGCCUUUUCUUUUUUUUUCUAGAUUAACCACUCGAUAAAGUGUCAUAGUGGGUCAGUCAACCCAAAGAAUCCCAUCAGUAUUAUUCAUUUAAUUAUUUUUGCUAUUUUUAUAUUUUUCGUUCCUCCUAAUAAAGCCACACUGUAGGUACUGUGUGAUAAUUAACCUCUCCCUACCCUCUGGCCAUGACGAUGAAGGCGAGAACCAUUACCAAUCAAAAAUGUUUUCUUUUUUUCUAUUGUGUGUGCGUGCUUCACCUCUUCUCUCUUCCUCUUCUUUUUUCUUCUUUGCCGUGAAGAUCUUUGCCUCGUCUCAUUAGAGCUCUGAUCGGACCGGUGAGGAGGAGGGAGGAGGGGGGAACCGGAGGAGAGGGGGGGUGGCGUUACACUGGUGGCAGCAGUGGGAUGCGCAGUAGUCUUGGCCAGUCGUAUUGGGAGAGACAGAGUACUGGCAGUUGGGUAAUAUUGGGUCAAGUAAUGUUCAAAGUGUCACUUCUCUACGGCAAUGGUUUUGCUCGCAGCGCGUUCGCAGUGGACUGUGUUUGGCUGGGGGGGCAUUGCAUGGCUGAGCUUUCCCAAUACAUCUCUGACUUUGGCCGGCCACUCUCCAUCCUGUGUGACAAUGCCUUGGAGUUUACGGGACGAGAACUAAGAACCUGGGCUGGUCUUCAUGGGAUAGAACUGCUCUACACCACUCCCUAUCACCCCCAGUCAAACGGACUCAUCGAGAGAAUGCACCGGACCCUGAAGACCGUGCUGUCCCAAAUGUGCAAGGGUUACCCUUUAAGGUGGCCCGCCCUUCUCAGUGAAUGUCAGUCACACAUGAAUCUGGCAGUACAUAGCAGCACGGGGGUCUCUCCAUAUGUAGCAUUCUUCGCAAGACAGCCACCUCGUUUCGUCACGGCGCCUCUCCUGACAGUGCAGUCUGAAGAUAGUGACGUUCAGCAACUUAAGCGCAUGAUUAAAGACGCUAGUGUGAUGUCACAGAGGAGGUACCGUGCAGUGGCGAACAGAAAACGACGUGAUGAAAAGGUCUCAGUUGGGUCCUUGGUGUGGGUGAAAUCAGAAACUCCGUUGCCUGGUACCUCUACCAAAUUGAAUGCUAAGUGGAAAGGACCAUAUCGAGUGAGUGAGGUAAUCAGGGACGGUCAACUGUAUGUAGUGGAGGACCCCUAUUCUGGGAAGUUAGUACAAAGAGCAGCAGAAAAGGUGAAACCGUAUGUGAGCCGGAGUGAAAUUAUUCCGGAGUUGGAGGAGAACUAUUCAGACGGAUGUGUUGAGGAGGAGGAGGAGGAGGAUCAAGACCUCCCUCCCCGCCGCUGUCGACCUCCCAGACAUCUUAUUGAGGAGUGCUAAUGUGAUGCACGAACUCAGGAGUGAGGAGAAGUGAACAGUGUUAUAAUGUAUAGGAUGUGAGGGUUAGGAAUGAAGUGAGUUAAGAGCAGGAAAUCCUCAUCUGUCACAAGUGUUCGAAGGUCAGUGACACUGUCUCAGCCACAAAUAGAGUGGGGCAUUUCGGGAAAGUCGUCCCCAAAUUCUCGUCGUGUCAAAACAGUUCAUACCAGAUGGUAGCUUAUGUGUUUCAGUUCGGGGAAGUGUACCCCAUUCUUGUGGGCUUUAGUUCGAGAAGUGAGGUUUCCAGGGAAUGUCGUACUUGGUUACUUCCUCCUCAAGUUACAGUCAUCACCUCUAACGGGUCCUAAGUUUCCCUUGAGGACGUAUUACCCCAGUCUUCGUUGUAGUAAGAGGAAUGAUUCGUGUGAAUGUUGGCGAAUGUGUCGAAUGCUGCGAAUGUAAUAGAUUAUUCCUUUUCUAUGAGACGGGGAAUAAAGAGAGUGACGGAGUUAGUCAGGUGACUUCUCCAUAGAUUACCCGUAGAGCAGAGGGUGACUGGGGUCCAAGUUCUCUUUUCCUGUAAGUAUUCUGUAUGUGAAAGGUGUUGGUACAAUUUCCUACGGGAAGAAAUGUACGAGUCAGGUGACUCAAGGGUAAGUGGUUGAGUCAUUGUCAGCUGUUUAGUAGACCUUAUGUAUGGAUAGGAUAGGGAAAGUGUAUAGGUAGGAUUUUGCAUGUAUUCUUCACCGUGAGUUUAACUCUGGGAGAAUGGGCGUGUGUAACGCUCCUUUUUAUUAUUUCUGUGUUUCUUUGAGUCUCCCCAAUAAUUGUUUUCUUUUGUAGUUUGCAGUGAAGAGGAGGAUAAUAGCGGUAAUUAAAGGUUUAGUGAUUAUAUGAAAAAGUAUAUUUAUAAGGCGUGUAUUCGUGGGAGUGAUUUAAAAGUCUUGAAACAUUUGUUAUAAAUAGUCUUUACUUAUUUCAACUGUGGUUUUCUCUAAUCAGUGGUAAUACGAAUAAUAGGAUUACAUCAUGUUGCGUCAGCCUACCAGUAACUCAUAAGGUGUCAUUCCCUAGCUUAUAAAAUAUGUUAGUAAUUUAAAAUUCAGUUAUUAACUUCAACUAAUGUCCAGCCUAUAUGCUCACCUUGCUAGCCAAUUAUUCCUGCAUUUUUAUUUAAACUCACGGUUCAGUAAAAUUAUUUGUGAAAGAAGAGAGAGAGAGAACUAGCUAAGGUUCCAAUAACUUCAGAGGCCUGGGGGUGUUGAGGGGGAGAGCACAGAAUGGCGUCUCCCUUCCCUCUGGCAACAGGUGGGUCUCGUAGCUCUGAAAUAUUUGAUUUUUCUUUUAUUUAGAAGUGAAUAUUACUGUGUUCAUGUUUAUUAUUCAUGUCUCUAGUGAAGAUAUAGUGACUGUACGUGUUGACAGAAUGGCGUCUCCCUUCCCUCUGGCAACAGAUAAAAUAGCCGGUGUUGGUCCCACGUGGAGACAGGCCACAGAGUCUUGGGAAAGUGUUAGCCAUGUAAUGUUUCUUUAGUCAAAUAUAGUCUACUGUGAAUGUGUUGUGGGCAAUAUUAUUGCCGUAGAGAAGUGAUGGAUGAAGGCUGUGACGCUAUUUAGGGAUAUAACGGUGCCCAGAAUCAAUGGUACUCUUGAGGAGUUAUAAAAGUAAUUAUUUUCUUGUGUAUUCGUAGUGUUAAGUAACGGAGUAUAAGUGUAUAUGCCAUACCAGAAUUUCAAGUGCCUUUUCUUUUUUUUUCUAGAUUAACCACUCGAUAAAGUGUCAUAGUGGGUCAGUCAACCCAAAGAAUCCCAUCAGUAUUAUUCAUUUAAUUAUUUUUGCUAUUUUUAUAUUUUUCGUUCCUCCUAAUAAAGCCACACUGUA